AACAUGGCGGUGGUGCUGGCCGCCCAGCGGGGCUGUUGCUGCCGCUGCCUGUGGGCGCUGCGGCGUCAACAGUGGAACUCAGGACAAAGAUUUGUGAAAUAUGCCUCAACAAUAGGAAGUUACAACAUAGAGAAGAUCCUGAUUGCAAACCGAGGAGAAAUUGCAUGCAGAGUGAUGCGAACAGCAAGGAAAAUGGGUGUGAAGUCUGUAGCAGUUUAUAGUGAAGCAGACAGAAAUUCCAUGCAUGUAGCAAUGGCAGAUGAAGCAUACUUCAUUGGUCCAGCACCUUCACAGCAGAGUUACUUGGCUAUGGAGAAAAUAAUGCAGGUGGCCAAGGUCUCAGCAGCACAGGCCAUUCAUCCAGGUUAUGGUUUCCUCUCAGAAAACACAGAGUUUGCAGAGCUGUGCAAGCAAGAGGGAAUUAUCUUCAUAGGUCCGCCUUCAUCUGCUAUUAGAGAUAUGGGUAUUAAAAGCACUUCCAAAGCUAUAAUGUCUGCUGCUGGCGUUCCUGUUGUUGAAGGUUAUCAUGGAGAAGAUCAAUCAGAUGAAUGUCUGAAAAAACAUGCCAAGAGAAUAGGAUAUCCAGUAAUGAUUAAAGCUGUUCGCGGAGGUGGAGGAAAGGGCAUGAGAAUUGCUCAUUCGGAAACGGAGUUUCUGGACCAACUAGAAUCAGCUCGUAGAGAAGCAAAGAAGUCUUUCAAUGAUGAUGCAAUGCUGAUAGAGAAAUUUGUAGGCAAUCCAAGGCAUGUUGAAGUCCAAGUAUUUGGUGACCAGCAUGGCAAUGCAGUCUACUUGUUUGAAAGAGAUUGCAGCGUGCAAAGAAGACAUCAGAAAAUCAUUGAAGAAGCACCAGGGCCAGGAAUUAAUUGUGAAGUUCGAAAGAGACUUGGAGAAGCUGCUGUGAAAGCAGCUAAAGCAGUGAAUUAUGUGGGAGCAGGAACCGUGGAAUUUAUUAUGGAUUCCCAACAUAAUUUUUACUUCAUGGAGAUGAAUACCAGACUGCAAGUGGAGCACCCAGUUACGGAGAUGAUCACUGGAACAGAUUUGGUGGAAUGGCAGCUUAGGGUUGCAGCAGGAGAGAAGAUUCCUCUAAUGCAGGAAGAGAUUGUGCUUCAAGGCCAUGCAUUUGAAGCAAGGAUAUAUGCUGAAGACCCUAAUAAUAACUUUAUGCCAGGGGCUGGACCAUUACUGCACUUAUCCACCCCACCACCUGAUAGUUUCACCAGGAUAGAGACUGGAGUCAGACAAGGUGAUGAGGUUUCUGUCCAUUAUGAUCCAAUGAUUGCAAAGUUAGUUGUUUGGGCUGAGGAUCGUCAGGCAGCGUUGAGAAAGUUGCAAUACAGUUUGCAUCAAUAUAAUAUUGUAGGAUUAAACACUAAUAUUGAUUUCUUACUGAGCCUCUCGAGACACCCUCAGUUUGAGGCUGGAAACGUGCACACUAAUUUCAUUCUUCAACACCACAAUGAACUGUUUCCGACCAAAAAGGCAACCCCAUAUGAAGUUGUGUGUCAGGCAGCUCUAGGACUCAUACUGAAAGAGAAAAUGUUAACAGAUGCUUUUAGAGAUCAGUCAGGUGAUAAAUUCUCACCAUUUGCAUCCAGCAGUGGUAGAAGAAUAAAUAUAUUGCAUACUAGAAAACUGUCUCUUCUGGAUGGGGAAAACAUUGUGGAUGUAACUGUAAAUUACAAUCAAGAAGGAUCAUACAACAUGCAGAUUAAAGAUAAAAUGUUCCUGAUUUCUGGAGAUACUUUCAAUGAUGGUGAUUCUAUUUACUUGAGAUCUUCAGUAAAUGGAACAGUUUGUAAGUCCAAAUUGGUCAUUGUGGACAACACCAUUUAUCUCUUCUCUCCGGAAGGUAAUGCUCAGAUUGGCCUGCCUGUCCCCAAGUACUUAUCCGCAGUGAGUUCAGUGGGAAUGCAGGGUGGUGCGAUAGCGCCCAUGACUGGCACAAUUGAAAAGGUGUUUGUGAAAGCAGGGGAUAAGGUUCAGAUUGGAGACCCUCUAAUGGUUAUGAUAGCUAUGAAAAUGGAGCAUACCAUAAGAGCUCCAAAGGCAGGAGUGAUAAAAAAGGUUAAUUUCCAAGAAGGUGUCCAAGCCAACAGACAUGAUCCUCUAGUUGAAUUUGUGGAUGAAGAGUCUGAGUCGAAAUAAGAUUCAAGGAAAGUAUAUUUUACUUUUUCUACUUUACUGAUUUUUUUCUAAGGAGAAGGUGUCUUCAAGUUUUCAGCGUACUGUUUUGUAAAGUGCAUUGCAGAAUGGUUUCCUCUGCAAUCCCUGAAUAAUCUGAAUGUAAAUUGGGCUAACUUUGCUGAAAUAUUGGACAUCACUAUACUGUAACCAUGUGUAUAUAACCACUGGACCUACAUGAGUGUUGCUGAAUAGUUAUGUUUGCCUGUGUAAAGGUAUUGGACUGGAAAAUGAUGUUGACCUCUGUUCAUAAGGACUAUAAUUUACAGAGAGCAAGGGUUCCUUUGGCCUACUUUUUCAUUCAUGGCAGCCUUUUUUUCUCUGAGGUGUGAGAGCAUUGAUUGAAGAGAGAUCUGACAGUUGAUAACUAUAUGAAUUCAUUUCUCAGGCAAAAUCCUCUUUGUGGCUUGUCACUCUGCCUGAAUAAGGAAUUCAGGGUAGUUACGUAGCCCAUGAUCCCUCUAAGUCACUGUCUUUUAGUGUUUCUAUUUUCCCAUUUACCUCAGCUAAUAAUGAAAAAUCUGUAUUUCAACAAUUAUUUUAAAAUACUUUCAAAUAUCUGAUAAAAAGCAUUCUAAAAAUGCAUGUUUGCAUUUGCUACACUAAUCAAAUUUGGAACAUGACUGUUUUCCAAAAAGAGCGCUUGAUCUUUAAAGAAGUGUAGCACAGAAAAAAAACUUAUUUAAUGAUUAAAAUGUGUGCCAAAAGAUUGACUUCAAAAUUCACAUUAUUUUUUCAUAUUAAUCAUCUUCCAAUAUGUUGUUUAUUGGCCAGAAUGAAGUAUACUGUGUCUUUAUAACAAUAUGAAAUAUGACUAUGUUUCUUUUGUAUCUGCAAUCUUGCAGAAGCGAAAAUGGGCCUUUUUUGAUAUGCAAAGAUUGUAUUAGUCAGACACUGCAUAUUGAUUGUUUAUCAUAAAUUUAUUUUAACUUGUUCAAAAAACACCUCAGAAAUGCAGGAAAAGGGAAGAAGAAAAUACAUGUUUUAAUUGUUACUAACUUGCAAAAUCUUUUCAUUAUUGUGAAGUUCUGCUUAUGGUAUGAACUUUUGGUACACUGAUUGAAGACCUUAGCACAGUUUUGUAGCUUGAUUUAUACUGCAGACAGGAAAAGAUACGGAUCCUACAGGGAUCCCAAUCAUGUAGAUAUAUCCGUACAAAUGAAUCUUUAUACUUAUCUGAAAUCCUACUUCAGAAUCAAUAUCCUGAGGAAUACUCUAAUCUGAUUCUGUAACUGUGCAGCCUUGCCUGCAAUGCAGACCAAGAGCAUAAAGAUAUAAUGGGCCUGUAUGGUUGGUAUAUUAAAAACAGAGCAAUAAUUUUCCACUUUCCUUGUAGUCCAGUGGCCACUUAACAAAAAAAUGUACAACUCCAGGAGCAUCUUGUGGAGUGUUGCCACAUUGCACGAGCAGUCACAACCAAAUAAAAAUUAACCUUAACUUUGAA